ACUUCGCAUGAUGACAGUGUGUCAGUGGCACUGUCCCAAAACACAACCGGUGGUGAUGUAAAGGACAAGCCUCCCUCACCUCACCCGGUGGGAUGGACACCACAGAUAAUAUUUAAAGAAGGAGAACACCACCUCAGAAAUCAACGAGCACUCCAAAGCAAGUGAAACACCAUCAGCUGCAAGGGAGCCAAAUCCCCACUGACAUCCAUCCAACUCAACAAUUGCGAUCAGUAUUUCAAAGCCCUCAACAAGAGCCGCUGCAGCAGCAGUAAUGCCCCCAGAGCUGAAAGCUGAGGUCAACGUCAUGCCUAAGGUUAUCCAGGGGGACUUGGAGAGCCUGCCUCCACAAGUGAGGGAGUUCAUUGAAAGCAACGCCAAGCUGUGCCAGCCCGAGAGCAUUCAUAUCUGCGAUGGCUCAGAAGAAGAAAACAAAAAAAUUCUGGACAUCAUGGUGGAGCAAGGCAUGAUCAAGAAGCUGAGCAAGUAUGAGAACUGCUGGUUGGCUCUCACUAACCCAAGAGAUGUAGCAAGAAUCGAGAGCAAAACUGUCAUUAUCACUCAAGAACAGAGAGAUACCAUUCCAAUCCCUAAAACUGGAACUAGCCAGCUGGGUCGCUGGAUGUCAGAAGAGGAUUUCGAGAAAGCUUUCAAUACCAGAUUCCCAGGCUGCAUGCAAGGACGCACAAUGUACGCCAUCCCCUUCAGCAUGGGGCCUAUUGGAUCUCCUUUGGCCAAGAUUGGGAUCGAGCUGACAGAUUCUCCAUAUGUGGUGGCUAGCAUGAGGAUCAUGACACGGAUGGGAACAGCUGUUCUGAAAGCCCUGGGCAAUGGAGAGUUUGUGAAAUGCCUUCACUCAGUUGGAUGCCCUCUACCACUAAAAGAACCAUUAAUCAACAACUGGCCAUGCAACCCAGAGUUAACACUGAUUGCUCAUCUCCCGGAUCGCAGAGAGAUCAUUUCGUUUGGCAGCGGCUACGGAGGAAACUCCUUACUGGGGAAAAAAUGCUUUGCUCUUAGAAUUGCCAGCAGAAUCGCCAAGGAAGAGGGCUGGCUAGCAGAGCACAUGCUGAUCCUGGGAAUUACAAAUCCAGAAGGUGAAAAGAAGUAUUUUGCUGCAGCAUUCCCCAGUGCAUGUGGAAAAACCAACUUGGCCAUGAUGAACCCAAGCCUGCCAGGAUGGAAGAUUGAGUGUGUGGGUGAUGAUAUUGCCUGGAUGAAAUUUGAUGAACAAGGCAACUUAAGGGCAAUCAAUCCAGAAAAUGGCUUUUUUGGUGUUGCCCCUGGAACCUCAGUCAAAACAAACCCCAACGCUAUUAAAACCAUAUUCAAGAACACCAUCUUUACCAAUGUAGCUGAAACAAGUGAUGGGGGUGUCUAUUGGGAAGGCAUUGACGAGCCAUUACCCCCGGGAGUAACACUGACUUCAUGGAAGAAUAAGGAUUGGACCCCAGAUAAUGGGGAACCUUGUGCUCAUCCCAACUCGCGGUUCUGCACUCCAGCCAGCCAGUGCCCCAUCAUGGACCCAGCAUGGGAAUCGCCCGAAGGCGUGCCCAUUGAGGGGAUAAUAUUUGGAGGCCGCAGACCUGCUGGUGUGCCUCUUGUAUACGAGGCCUUUAACUGGCAGCAUGGAGUAUUUAUAGGAGCAGCUAUGAGAUCUGAAGCAACAGCAGCUGCUGAGCACAAAGGAAAAAUUAUUAUGCACGAUCCAUUUGCCAUGAGACCUUUCUUUGGCUACAAUUUUGGCAAAUACUUAGCACACUGGCUUAGCAUGGCACACCGCCCAGCAGCAAAACUACCAAGGAUCUUUCAUGUUAAUUGGUUCCGGAAAGACAGCCAAGGGAAAUUCCUGUGGCCUGGCUAUGGAGAGAAUUCCCGUGUGCUGGAGUGGAUGUUCAACAGAAUUCAAGGGAAAGCCUCUGCCAAGCCAACUGCCAUAGGUUACAUCCCUACUGACACUGCUUUGAACUUGAAGGGUUUAGAAGACAUCAACUUAACUGAACUGUUUAAUAUCUCCAAAGAGUUCUGGGAAAAGGAGGUGGAAGAAGUCAAACAGUACUUCGAGGGGCAAGUUAAUGCCGACCUUCCCUAUGAAAUAGAAAGAGAAAUGCUUGCCUUGCAGAUGAGAAUAAAACAGUUGUAGCUGAUCAGAAAUAGAAUUACUUAUCAAUCCACACAUUCUGUAACAGGAUAGAAACAUUUUACCAAAUCACCACUGAAAGUACAGCAGCACACUGAUGAGCAGGAGUUAUGAUGAAGAGUAGGUCUUAGUUUGGUUAGACUACAGGUAAGGGCAUCCUAGAAAUAACUACAGACCUGGUGAUUUAUAACUACAUCAGUUGUUGUGUCUUGUAGAGCAGCUGUGGGAAUCUGUGAGCACAGUCUUCAAAACUGUGAUCUGUCACUUGGCAUGCACAAUUCUGCACAUACCUAUGAUGUAUGUAAAUUGCUUGCUGACAGCUCAGUAGAUAUAAUCCAGCUUGCAAGGUGUAGCACAUUGUUUCACAACUGCACAUAAACCACGAGUCUCGGAUUAAUUUUGUUUUUCAUAUCUCAGCAGCAUCACUGACAGGAAAGAAUGAAAAAUAAAUGUUGUAUAUAUGUAUUAUCUAAACAUAUUUCAUGACUUAAAUAUUUUGUAGAAAAAUAAAGUUGUAACUUUUAUCAGAGUGAAAGAUGGCUUUGUAUUACUAAUGCAUAUUUAAGAUAUUGCUAUUAUAUAUGCCUCAUGUUACUGUGAUUUCCAGAUGUUUUACAUGGCUUAUUCUUUAAACUAUUGAAAUAAAAGUUUAUACAAAACAUGAC